AUGUCGCGUUCCAGCUCCGGCAAGGUCAGCGCUUCCUCGGGCUCCGCGGCCAACCUGAACCCAUCCGCUCAGCCCUUCACCCCCACGCGUCUCGACAGUUCUCCUACCAGUACUCCAGUUGAUCACGGCGAUCUUGCCUACCACCAGGCCAAAGCCGUUGAGGCUGCAAACAUGGCGGCAGCUCAAGGUAUGUCUCAUCCUGGCUACGAUCCUACCCACCCUGUUCAGCCUCCAUUCCCAUCUCACCCAUUCUACGGUCCUUCCCCUUACGGCGCGACUCAUGCGGCUCAUGCAGGCCCGAUGCCUCCUUCUCAUCCCGGUCUCAACUUCCGUCCUGACAGCAAUCUAGGCUCUCGGCCUCCCGGCUACGGCCCUGACGAUCAUCGAUCUUGUCCAGUUGAUCCAGCAGCAGCAGCUGGCUAUUCGAACUACAAUCCGUACGCUCAAUACUUCCAACACACCCCUCCUGGUCCUUCUUCUACGCCAGGUUCGGCCGGUCUCUCGGCCGGUCCCUUCAACCCCCAGACCCCGCCCAACCGGUACAGCAGACCCGGCCAAGCUGACCCCACUCCGCCAGCGCAUACGUUUUCCGACGAUGGCGAGUUUUACCCCGGUACUGACCCUCGCCUGAAGAACCACCACCGCGCACCGAACUCACAGUGA